CUGCAGAUGGCUUUUGUUUUGGUGUUAAACCGGCUGAACUGAGAGCGAGCUGAGACACGUUUAGAGACACACUAAGAGCCUUUAUAUCCUCAAGGUCGCCAUGCCGUCGGUCCCGACCACUGCUGAGCCGGAUGCGGUUCCGUCCGGCUGCCCGCGGGCUCAGGCCAAGCCCCCCGGCUCAGAGGCCCGGGGCAGCGCGGGGUCCGUCCUGAACGGCGUGGGGCAGAAGGCCGGGAGCGGGGGCCACGAGACCAACGGCGCCGCGGACGCCCCCGGGCUGCCCUCGGGGGGGUCCAGCGACACCGAGGAGGGUCUGCUGGAGACGGCGCCGGCCCCCCGGGUCUGGAUCAGACCGGACCUGCCAAGCAGAUGCACCUGGGAGCUGGGGAAGCCCCCCUCUGAGUCGCCCCACAGCAGCAGAACACGGCCCCAAGCCCCCAAGAUCCUCCCUGACAUCCUCAGCUGGAUCGGGGGGACCCCCCUGGUGCGCCUCAACAAGAUCCCCAAGGCCUGCGGCCUCAAGUGUGAAGUCUUGGUGAAGUGUGAGUACUUCAACGCGGGCGGCAGUGUGAAGGACCGCAUCGCCCUGCGGAUGGUGGAGGACGCAGAGAGGGACGGACUGCUGCGGCCCGGAGACACCAUCAUCGAACCUACGUCAGGGAACACAGGCAUCGGGCUGGCCCUGGCCGCCGCGGUGAAGGGGUACCGCUGCGUCAUCGUCAUGCCCGAGAAGAUGAGCAUGGAGAAGGUGGACGUGCUGCGGGCGCUGGGGGCGGAGAUUGUGCGCACGCCAAACUCGGCGGGCUUCGAUUCGCCAGAGUCCCACGUGGGCGUGGCCUGGCGCCUGAAGAACGAGAUCCCCAACUCCCACAUCCUGGACCAGUACCGUAACCCUAGCAACCCGCUGGCCCACUACGACACCACGGCCGAGGAGAUCUGGCAGCAGUGUGACGGGAGGCUGGACAUGCUGGUGGCGGGGGCUGGCACUGGGGGCACCAUCACCGGGAUCGGACGCAAGCUGAAGGAGAAAUGUCCGAGCAUCACGAUCGUGGGGGUGGACCCUGUGGGCUCCCUGCUGGCCGACCCGCUGAACAGCCCCGAGCCCAGCGCCUACGAGGUCGAGGGCAUCGGCUACGACUUUGUUCCCACGGUGCUGGACGGCUCGGUGAUUGACGUGUGGUGUAAGACCGUUGACGAGGAGAGCUUCAUCAUGGCCCGCCGCCUCAUACGGGAGGAGGGGCUUCUGUGCGGAGGCAGUGCGGGGACGGCCAUGGUGGCAGCGAUGCGGGCGGCCAAGGACCUGAGAGAGGACCAGCGCUGUGUGGUGGUGCUGCCCGACUCGGUCCGCAACUACAUGACCAAGUUCCUGAGCGACAGCUGGAUGAGUGACAAGGGCUUCCUGUGCGAGGACCGGGCGGUGGCCACGCCCUGGUGGUGGAGCUCCACCCUGCAGGGCCUCCACCUCUCCACCCCCUUCACCGUGCUGCCCUCCGUCUCCCUGGCGACCACCAUCAGCAUCCUGCGGGGGCGGAGCCUGGACCAGGCCCCCGUGGUGGACCAGUCCGGCCUGAUCCUGGGCAUGGUGACCCUCGGCAACAUGCUGUCCUGUGUGCUGGCGGGUCGGGUCAUGCCCUCUGACCCCGUCAGCAAGGUGCUCUACACACAGUUCAAGAAGGUGGGUCUCAUGGACACCCUGGGGAAGCUGUCUGGGAUCCUGGAGAAGGACCACUUCGCCCUGGUGGUCCACGAGCAGACCCAGUACCUGGAGGACGGCUCUCAGCGGACCAGGCAGACGGUGUUCGGCGUGGUGACGGCCGUGGACCUGCUGACCCACAUCACCGCCGCCCAGAGCCUGGAGCGCCCGCCCUCUGAGCGCUCGCUGCCCGACGACAUGUCCCUGUGACCACUUCCUGUCUGAGCAGGAGGGGGGUCUUACCUGAGGGGAGGGGGUCAGGCUGGAGUCUUAAAUUUGUUACAUUUCAGUUAGGGGGGGGGUAAAGGAAUAUAGGUCAGUCAACGCGCGUUAUUUAGCAAUUAAAGUGAAGGCCCGAUGGCGCCAUCUAGCGGCCAAGUUGAUUACAGCAAAGGAACUUGAGUGAGGCGGUUUAGGUCACCCUGCUGCAGAUGUUGGUGCCAAAUGAACUAAGCUAAUGAAGUGACAGGAGCAGGGGGUUACUGAGUGUGGGCUGGGGUUGGUCGUGGUACAAGUUAACUUAAACUGAAUGUCAUCAUUUUUUUCCAUUUCAUUUUCCUUUAUUUAACCUCGAAAGAUCAAUUGAGGGGUGACCCUAUUUCACAAUGACUGUGAAGCUGAGAGCUAACUGCUGCUUAAUGUGCAAUAAGAGGCGAUUGAUGGAUUCAGAGUUUUAUCCCACAGAUGUGGUGGUGGUUAAUUUUAAAGUAUUUUGAGCAUCUUGUAAGAAUUGUGGUGGAUGCUUUUAAGAGUUUGAUUAAAUCCAACGAUAGAGGGUUGUAAUGUAAGUCACGUCAGGUCCUUCAUACUCAAUCAUCUCUUUCUGUUAAUUAAUCAUUCAAUGUUAUUUUCUGUCUUGCCAAGUGUCCAACUUGCUUCCUAUAUACCAUGUUUGAUUUGGUUUUCAUUAUUAAACUCUCUCAUACUGUG